ACCGAGACGAGUAAGUUCAGCUAACCCCAGCCAGUGCGUUACGAACUUGUGAGGGCGGUGGACGUGUCUGUGUUUAUACGUGACUCUUAUUGAGUAAUAAAAAAUUCAACGAGGAGAACCUAAACAACCCCUAAAUAGCGACAUGAUGGCCGAAACUCACACGAAGUCGGACGUAUCAACGACUAGUACAACAACCUCCCCGACGUACGCCGCCCCACAGAAGUCCUCAGGGAUAUCACUCUGCCUGCAGUACUUCAAGACAGGCCCAGGCAUUGUCAAGCUCGUAGAAUUGUUCCUUGGCAUCCUGUGCAUGGCCUGUGCGGCGCCAGCAUGGACCAAAGGCACUCAUUGGUUCCUGUUUGUGGUGGUGACAGCCUUUGUGUCUACCUCCAUCUGGUGUUUCGUCUACCUCCUUAACCUGAGGAAUGCCAUCAACCUGCCCAUCGACUGGCUCCUGACUGAACUCAUUCUAACAGCUCUCUUUGCGGUGCUUUACAUAAUAGCUAGCAUUGUCCAGUUAACCAGCACUGUCACAAAACCACGGCCACCAAGACGGCUAAAACCCUUCUACCUGUUGUCAGGGGUGUUUGGUGUUUUUAAUAUGCUGACUUACGCCAUCGGCUCCUUCUACUUGUACCGUGACUGGAAGGAUUCACAUCCGCAUUCCUCCUUCUCGGGCUCUGUUCUGAAGGGGAACCCAUAAACGCCAGGCUGAUUGUUAUGAGAUCUCCUUAGUCACGCAAGAAGCCCCAGUUUAUAACAAUGGAGCAACUUGUUCAUACCAAGUGCAAACCCUCACCCAUUCACGUGUCACAAUUCAGCUCACAUUAUAGACUUACCUUUGGAAUUCUCUCCUCGGACUGUAACUGGAUAUUAUUUUCUCACCAGAUUCUGGAUUCUACCACCAGGAAGAAAUACAGUACAUAUACCUUGAUAUUCAUAAGUACUCUAGAAAUUACUUGCCAUUUUGAUCUCGAUCUCUAUAUUCUGUGUAUGAGCUUUUUGUCUUCAGAGCUUGAUGAAGGGAUUUCCAUGCUGUAUAUUGUGAAGUCUUACCUUUAGAUGGGCAGAGCCACCCAUUUGUUAAUACAGUAUAACUCACCCUGAACCAGCCAAGCAGUCUGUGGAAAUAGACAAGUGCCUUUUUGCCCCUCAUGUUAUGAUUCGGAAUUUGGCUUGCCCUUCCCCAAUUACAGUACAAGCCUCCUUGGAAAGCCAUACCCUCAUUUUUAUAUUGUCAAAGAAGCUCCCAAACACAAUGUAUUGCUUUUUCAUAGGCAAAUGAUAAACAAUCCCAAGUCGAUGUAAAAGAUCUUCAUAAAAUGAAUUAAUUUCUCAUAAGUUCUAAGGAGGUAUUGAAUUUACAUAAAAUUUUUACUAAUACACUGCCCGUUAUAGAAAUUAUAUUUGAGUAAGUUAUGAAUAAAACCCCUGUUAAAACACCUAUAUAUUAUAGGUAUUGGGGCUUGCAAAGAUUAAUAGGAAUAACUGUAGGUAAUACUGUAGUCAUGUUCAUAUAUAUUAUGACUUCAUUUAGGCUUUAAUGUAUAGUUAACAUGAUAAAUAAUCAUUGUAAUGUAAUUAAUAUAUUUUCUCAAGAACACUCACAAUCUAGCAAAACACAAUUAUCAUCUGUUCAAACACAAAAUUUUCAGUGUUAUUAUGAUAAAAAUGGCACAAUUUUUUAGCUCUUAUAUUAGUGCAUAAAAUACUUAUUAUUAAGGUAAAACUAUCAAGCCAGUGUUGUUUGUGUUUGAAUAGAAGAUAAAUGGAGUAUUGAAUAUAUUUUAUCUAUAUUCACAUUUUGAUGAAAUAUAAUUUCUAUAUUAUUUUACGCAUUAACACAGUAUCAUUAAAAUGAAAUCAGUGUAGAACUUACUGUACAGCUUUUAUAUGAGAGAAUGUAUUUUGAUUUAAAUCAGGUAAUGUUUGAACAUCUAGUGAUUUGUUUUAUUGAAACAUUGUAUGGCUAGGUUUGUGAAAUCAGGUAUUUCAGCUAGCCUGUUGAAGUAUGGUGUAUGUCAGGUCAUUUUUAAGUAUCAUGCAAUAUUGUAUGCAAGAAAUAUGCUCUUUAUGCUUAUAAAUGUACUCAUACAAUGCUUGGAGAAUUAUAGGACCAGAAAACAUCACUGCCAUAUGCUGUGUAGUUCAUCAUUUGUCUCCAGUGUGUAGACAGUGUACACUAAAGGCUGGUGGUGACUGCAGUCAAUCAAACACCUCUUAACAAAAAUAUACAUAAAACAAUCAAGUAUUUUACAUUUGAGUCCUUCAUUUUCAAAGUAUUAAUGAAAUAAAAUUGUGGUUUGUCUUUGUGGGUAAAAGUAAAUUUUGUAAGCAGAAAGGAACUUGACCUUUUAUCAGUUAGAAAUUUUACGUAGAACUUUCUACAAGAAUUGGAUCUUCACCAGUAACUGGGGUUGUGGUUGUCAUAUUAACCUUCUGGUACUCCUGGUGAGAAAUUUCAACCCUUCGAAGUCUUUCGACGCAAAUAGCAUCAUUUACAAUAUCUCCUCCCCCUUGUAGUCUUUCAACACAGAUUGUGUCAAUAGCAGGAGUGGUUUUUCCAAUUUAGUAAACAUUGGGUUGAGCGAAUCAGACCCAAAUUGCACUCUUCGAGAUAUCUGCCAGCCCAUGAACCCAGUGGGAGGAACUUUAUGUGGUUGAUAGGGCCGGUACGCUGUUCCCGCAUUCCUCCUUUUGGGAGGAGUACUCUCGGUGUGAGAUAUGGUUGAGCGGGAUGGGUUGUGCCAGCACAGGAGUGCUUAGAAAUGCAAUCUGCGUCGAAAGACCAUGAGAGGGUUAAGUAACUGUCCAGUCCUUUGUGAAGAAAAGGACCAGAUCCAUUCCUAUGUACUGUACUCUAAAUAACAUAACAAUCCAUCUUUUUUACUCCAUUUGGAUAUGGCCAUCACAGUAUAGUACUGUUCUAUUGUAACUAUCUGUUUGUUGUAACCCAAUAAAAUAAUUUUGUCUUGAAUGAAAACCUAAUGAACUCUAAAUGGUGUCAUUCAAUGGACCAUGCAUCUUUAAAAAAAACGAAAUUGUUGGAUACAACAAUAUACCUAGAACUAGAUUUUCUGAUACAUAUGUAGGGCAUACACACAUUACGAAAUGCAUGCACUCAACCGAAAAGAAGUCUAUUUUUCUUUGUGUUUCUGAAUGUUUUUUACAUUGAAAUAAACAAGGAAAAUACAUUUUUUAUUAUAUACUGUACUUUGAUUAUUGAUAUAUUGUCCGAGUGCAUCAUUUGCGGUGGAAUGUAUCGCCUGUAUAUGGCUUCAAGUGUUAGUUGGUUCGCUAAUUUGUUUGAAUCAAAUAUGUUUGUCUCCUUUGUAAAUAUUUUCUUACAUUUGUUGCUGAUUUUAUUCAUACUUGGACCUUUGCAUUUGUCAAGCACACUUUAAAGAUAUGAUAAUAAUAUAUUGUAUAUCAUGAAAAAACCAUGAGAAAAGUUAUGAUGAAGUUCAAUGAGGUAAUUAUGAUCUAGCAUCUUUUUGUAUAUAGGAUAAAAGAUAUGACUAAUGCAUUGCUUCCAUACCCUCAGCCUUGAAUUAAAGAAAGGAUCAUAGCUAUCAUAUUUUGUCUUAGAAUGACACUUUUAGGUCUUGUAUCAAGAAUUCAUUGAGAGCAUAAAAGGUCAGAAAAUUAUGAGGCACGGAUAGUUUGUUUGUACGUUGUGCUUGUAAAAUAAUUAUACAGAUUAAUUACCUGUGUUCAUUGCUUGAAGAUAUUCAAUAAAGAUGAUUUUGUAAA